AUGUCAAUAGCAACAGAACAACUACAACAAUCAUUUCACAAUCCAAAUAGACAAAAACAGCAAUCAGCCAGGACAUUUACACACAAGGAACCACUAAAAAAUAGAAUAAAAUCAAUAGAUACAACAAUAGAAAGUCAAGUGGAACACGUGACAAAAAAAGUAAUUAAAUCAAAACAAUUGCUAAGACAGCCACCUGUUGCUGCAACAGAAGCGGAGGAAGUGAAACCGGAAGACAAAAAGUCACAAAGUCAAGAAACAGAUGAUAUAAAUGUUAAAGAACUUGAGGAAACCAACUUAAAUGAACACGAAGAGGAGGACGUUUGUGAAGCUAAAGACUACCAAGUUUAUCAGAAUGGUAGAGUAAAUGAAUUUUUCCAAAAUGAAAUGUUGGAGAAACCCAAGAAUAUCUCGGAUAUUUGUUUGGUAAAUGAUCAUUAUAUAUUGGUUAAAAUGCCCCAGCAAGAAAUCACAUCAACUAACAAUAAUUUAGCUGAGACUGCUGCUGCUGCUCGCCGUAAGGAGUUCAGAGCCUUAAAGGAGCACAAUGAUAAACUUUUAAAAGAAUCGGAAAAAGACAAAAAGAAAUUGUGUCGUUAUUUAAGACGCAAUCGAAAUUGUAUAACCAGAAUUGCGCCCAUACAUGAAGAACCUGAAGAGUUGAGCGACAACGAGAAUAAGACUGUGAAGACAAAUUCAAAAUUAUACUGUCUUAAAAUGAGGUCCUGUUGGCAAGCCAGUGAACAAGAAGUAGAGACUUAUCAAACGAAAACCAAAAUUUGUAAAAGCAUUAAAAAUAACUCCCUUGAAACUUCUUGUAAUCAACAGAUCCAAUCAAAUAACAAACAAUCAAGUCCAUCUAAACCUGCAACUGAGAUACAUAAAUGCGUUAACACUCAUAAUCCGCCAGAUAUACAAACCAUAUCAGGUACUAUAUUAAAGUCUUCCCUACAAUAUCAGGUAUCUUUACACAACUACGGUUCUCUUAUAGACAGCAGUAAUAACAACAACAGCAAUUUGGAAAUAAUUAAUAGUCCCCCGCGUAGAAAAUGCCCGCGUUUUGAAAGUUUUUAUUGGUUGCUGCGUCCCUUUCGUGGCAAAUAUCGCAAAACUAAACCGAAAAUACAGGCUGUGGUUUAUAAAACCUAUUUUGUUAAGUGGACCAAACCGCCAGAUACUCUAAGUCAUGGCUAUGGCGUUAAAUCCUCAAAGUCAUCGGAUGUCGAAGUGUCUGUUUUAAGACGCUGUCGUUCAGCUAUAUUUUGA